AUGGCGUCCCGCGACGCCUUCAUCAGCAAUGGCACUUGCUACUUGGCACCAGGCCAGGAGGCCAUCGACUCGAUGAUUCCAUGUGGCAACGACGCCUUUGGCCGCGUCUCUUGCUGCCAGCAGGGCGACAUGUGCCUGACGAGCAACGCCUGCUACAACCAACAAUUCGGCGUGACCUAUCUCGCCGGCUGCAGCGAUCCGACCUACGACCACCGCAGCUGUCCAGACAAGGGCGCCUUUGACGGCACGCCCUGGGUCGGUCUGACCUACUGCAACGGCACAUCCGAGCAGUGGGUCGCCUGCGAGCAGUCCGGACGCCAGGAUGCCCUCACCGAGGCGGACCAGUGCUGGUGCCCGCAGACGGAUCGCACCGUUGCUUUCACGGCGUCCUCGGUCUCCACCGAGACGCCCGAGCCGACAGACAACGGCCUUUCGACGCCCGCGAGAAUCGGUAUUGGUGUCGGUGUCGGCGUUGGAUCAGCCGUCCUCCUCGCCCUGCUUGCCCUCUUCUUCUUCACCAGACGGAGACGUCAACGACAUGAGGCCCAGGCCAACGCGUCGGCCAAGGGCGAUCGCCCUGACAGCCUGAUGCCUCCGUCCGAGGCACCUCAGACACCGACGACGGCCGUGUCCGAAAUAGAUUCACGGGCAGCAACGCCGUGGGCCCUGCGAACUGAGCUCGACGGGAAGAGCCUUGCCGCUGAGAUGGAUGUGCCGCCGGUGCCGCCGGUGCCGAGUCAGCUGGGGGAGAAGAAGGAGAAAAAGUCGGAUGAGCCUGUGUUUGAGCUACCUGCUUGA